GUACACAUCGUAUCCCAGCAUGCAGCAGGAGGCCGUUGAGAGAUCCACCAGCUGGUAGUGAGUUGCUAGAGCGCCGAGCAGGCAGCAGUCAAUGGUCAACACAGCACACACAUUUCCUGCUCCAUGUGAGAAACACUGAGCAGUCUACCUUACGGGCGACAGAAAAAUAUGCUGUUCGGACGCCCGACGUGGUACCGCAGCGGCUUUUGAGUCAUCAUUGUCACCCGGUUUUCAUUUUGGAGGAUUCCUCCCUCCAUCCUCCGGAUCGCACAGAACAGGCAAUGACAACGGUCUCAGCAACCCCGCAGCAGAUGAGGGACCGGCUGCUGCAGGCCAUCGACAGUCAGAGCAAUAUAUGCAAUAUGGUGGCUGUAUUGGAGGUAAUUUCCGGUCUUGAAAAGUAUCCAAUCACCAAAGAAGCACUUGAGGAAACCCGACUAGGAAAAUUGAUCAAUGAUGUAAGGAAGAAGACCAAGGAUGAAGACCUUGCCAAGCGUGCUAAGAAACUCUUAAGGAACUGGCAAAAGCUAAUUGAACCUGGGCCAGUUGUGGUUACGAGUGUUCCUGGGUCUACCAAUGGCAGUUCUCAUCCCUGCAGGACAGAUGCCUCUUCUCCUGAUAUUUCUGUGUCAGGGAAGGGUGUCCCUGAAGUCAAAAUCAGAAACGAUGUUCACAACACAUACUCACCAAAAGCUGAGAAAUCAAGCAGCCGCAAGCGCCGAGCAGAGCACAGAGACAGUGGAGUGCACUUACCCGAAAAAAUUUCCAAGCUGGCUUCAUAUGAUAACGCUGUUUCACCACCACCCACCAAUGGGAUCGCAGGCAGUCCUGAUGUCCUGCCUGACCAGCAAGUAGUCCUGUCUCCUGACAGAUCUCGGAUAGAGCACCUUGAUAAUGAUAAAAUUAGCAGAAUACCGGUUAAUGCUGUCAAGCCUCGUCCCAGCUCCCCUGGAGUGGCCAAACUACCUAGCACUUCCUCUAUGAUCAAGGUUGCUGUGAUGCAGCAACAGGCCAGAUUGGAUGAAGGGGGAGGUGGUGGGGGGUAUUAUCAAGCCAAAAGUCCACGUGCCCUCACCACGAGUCCAAGGAGCGUGAAGCAAGACACACUGACCAAGCGCUCUUCAGCAUAUGCACCGAAAGGAACACCUAUCCCAAGUCCUUCCUCUAGGGACUCUCCCUUGUCUUUGUCCCAGCCUGUAUCUUCCCCAGCCCAAGCAUCCUAUGCUGACAAGCUGCCACAUUCUUCUCAUAGGUCUUCAAUGCACUGGGCCAGUUCGUCAGAAGUCCACUCUCAUUGCGCACCGCAAGACAUAUCUGCAACACUGGAAUCCCCAUCAGUCUCCCCGUCACCUUCUCAUCCCCAGCACAACUCAGAACUACACAGACUGACAUCUGAGGGAGCCAUGUCUGUGUCUGAUGACACAGACGGGACAACAGUCCCAAACUCGGAGCAUAAAAGGAGGAAGUAUAGGUCAAGAGACUACUCUGUCAACCUAGAUGGCCAGAAAAUAGAGGACACGACCAAGCCUGUACGGUUAAAAGAACGCAGAUUAACAUUUGAUCCUGUCACAGGUCAGAUCAAACCUCUGGUACAUAAAGAGCCUUCUCAAACAGAUGAAGUCCCUACCCCUGACCCUGCUGAGUCUAGGCAGAGAACUGAAAGCACUGUACAGCAGCCCGCUGCCCCAGCCCAGAAACCUGUCCCUGUCCCUAUGCCUGCCCCAGCACCUGCCCCGGGUCCUAGCCCCAACCCUUUUCUUCAAACAAACUGGAAGGAGCUGUCCAGAAAUGAAAUCAUCCAGUCGUACUUGAACCUUCAGAGCAAUGUGCUCACCUCUUCAGGGGUCCAGGCCCCUAGUGCACACUUUUUCAUGUCAGAGUAUCUGAAAAGGGAAGAACAGGAGAUCAAGGAGUCACGGAAGAUACAUGUUCUGCAGUCAGACAACUCUGUAGGGGCUUUAUCGGGCGUGAGCCGGGAGGUGACGGACGAGGACCUGGACAGGAUACACACACAGCACUGGCCGGGGGUGAACGGUUGUUUUGACACCAAGGGCACCUGGUAUGAUUGGACAGAGUGCAUAUCAUUGGACCCUCAUGGGGAUGAAAGCAAAUUGAACAUCCUGCCAUAUGUCUGCCUAGACUGAGGGGUUUGGGAAGAUUGCUGUCCUUUUCCACUCCUUUCUUUGUCUCCCUGCAGAGACGUUGUGAUUUUGUUUGUCCACUGUGAGUUCGGCAAAUUCCAGGCCUGCUAAACCCCCCCCCGUCCCCGUCCCCCCGCCUCUUCCUCUUUCUGUGAUAAUCUGUUGAGAUUUUGAUAUAAAAAAAGACUAAAUAUUAAAAAAAUCUAGUUGAGUUUGUAAUACCAAGGGCUGUUUCUGAUUUAUUUUUCAAAAUGAAAGCCACAGGAAUGAUGAGGCCCUAGUUGCAGAGUGCUGCUAAUAACAAUAAAGGCAAGAAAGAGAGGACAGAAUUAUCCCAGACAACUGGAAAUGGUGUUGUGAUGUGAAUUUUUCAUGUUCUGAAUCGUACCUCUAUUUCAGCCUCACUGGGAUGAUACUGUUUUCUUUCUUUUUUUACCUUCCAAUGAGGAUUUACUAUCUCGGGUUAAAUUUGAGGGAAGGCUGGGGUUUAGCCGUCCUGUCUUGACCGCCAUAUUGGUGCCCAGAAAGGUGUUAAGAGUGCAUUUAGCACAGGUAGAGCUGAACAUGUCCAGAGUGUGAAAUGCUGGAGCAUAUUUGGCAGUUACAAGAAGCUUUAUGUGAGAUAUAUAGAGUAAAUUAUAAAUUUCUUAUCAUGUAUACAUAUAUUUAUUUUGACCAUUUCAUUUCUGACGUUCAUCCAGACAGAUGCUCAAAAACGUAUAGAACUAUUUUUCUUUCUUUCUGUUUGCAUUACAAUGUUGUCAGCCUACUCUUCUAUGUCAAAGGGGCAUACCGAUGUUUUUUGCAUGGUCUUUCUUUAUGAUUGGCUACUGCUUUUGGUCAUUAACAUUCCAUACUCCACCCUUCACCCACCUAUGCUCUCUCCUGUCUGAUCACGUCGCUCCUGUAUGUCCGUGUGAUCUCAACUCUCAAGAAGACAUGUAUUCUGAAACAUCACUUGAUUUCCAAAUGGUUUCAUUAAAAUUGUGUGGCACUAAUUUGAAAUGAAGUCAGAUAAAGUGGGAAAAUAAAACUCACCACACACUAAUUCUCUCCCAAGCCUAAAAUAUUAGAGAAUGUCAAAUCACAUGGUGCUUAUCAAUAAUUGCAUUUUCGAGAUAAAAACAAGGACAUGUUUAAAUGCUGGGACUUGGUUUCCAUUCCGUGAGAUAUUGUUGGCCUUCUGGACUUUCUUCACACAUUUCUGAGUGAAACAGCCUCAGUUGAAUGUACAGGAGUGAGACCUCUUGUGCACUUGUACAGAAGUUGCUAACUUGGUCAUUUCAUCACUGACUUUAAUUGAAGUGUGAAUAGUGACUGAUUAUGUGCCCGUAGUGUAUUCAGACACAUUCAAAUGUUUUUGCAGCUACUUUCAAGAGUACAUUUAGGAUGCUGUUAGAGGUAACAUUUCUGUAGCUUCCAUUUAUAAGUACAGCAAAUGUAAAAGGAAGAGAGAGAAGGCUGUGUGGAUCAGAUGUUGUUGGCAUUCUCCAUGUUACAAGUAAUACUAAAUUUUGAUUUCCCUUUAUACUUAGUAACUACCACCCACCCCCCCGCAACUUAUAUUGAGAUGGGCUUCUGUGUAGCCUCUCUGUCCAUACAUUCUUUCAGUCAUUCAUCCCUACCAAUGUGCCUUGGUAAAUGGUAAACCCGGAUUUGAUCCCGCAUAAAAACGCGCCUGUCUGCGGAGCUGGGUUUAUGUGCAAGAAUUCCAAACCCCGCGAUCAAUACGACGCUGGUAUAUGCACCAUUGCCCUUUUUGUACACACUGAUCUAGCGAGGGUGAAGCUGCAGACAAUGAGAAACUGCACAACAACACAGCUGGCAAUAAAGGAAAGUGCUACAACUGGUUGAUAAGAAUCUGUUUUCUGGAGUUUUGACUGGGGCAUCUUUAUUUGUUCAGUGUUUAACAUCUCUCGAUUGUUUGAAAAAUAAAAUGAUCUAAAUCUUCAACUC